AUGGCGCACGGAUCCGUCCUGCGGCUGCUGUCGUGGGUGCUGGCGCUGACCGGGACCUGGGCGGGCCCCCACUCCCUGCGGUAUUUCGACACCGCCGUGUCCCGGCCCGGCCUCGGGGAGCCCCGCUACAUCGCCGUCGGCUACGUAGACGACGCGCAGUUCGUGCGCUUCGACAGCGACGCCGCGAACCCCAGGAUGGAGCCGCGGGCGCCGUGGGUGGAGCGGGAGCCGCCCGAGUACUGGGAGCAGGUGACGCGGAUCAGCAAGGACAGCGCACAGAUUUACCAAGUGUGGCUGCAGACGCUGCUCGGCUACUACAACCAGAGCGCGGACGCUUCUCACACCUUACAGAGAAUGUAUGGCUGCGACUUGAGCGCAAACAGCCAUCUCCUCCGCGGGUACUAUCAGCUCGCCUACGAUGGCCAGGACUACAUCGCCCUGAACGAGGACUUGAGCUCCUGGACUGCGGCCGACAUUGCGGCUCAGAUCACCAGGCGCAAGUGGGAGGAGGCCGGUGUGGCAGAGGGCUGGAGGGCCUACCUGGAGCACACGUGCGUGGAGUGGCUGCGCAGAUACCUGGAGCGCGGCAAGGAGACGCUGCAGCGCACAGAUCCCCCAAAGGCACACAUCACCCUCCACCCCACCUCUGAACAUAAGAUGACCCUGAGGUGCUGGGCGCUGGGCUUCUACCCUGCGGAGAUCACCCUGACCUGGCUGCGGGAUGGAGAGGAGCAGACCCAGGAAAUGGAGCUGGUGGAGACCAGGCCUGCAGGAGAUGGAAGCUUCCAGAAGUGGGCAGCUGUGGUGGUGCCUUCUGGGGAGGAGCAGAGAUACACAUGCCAUGUGCAGCAUGAGGGGCUGCCUGAGCCCCUCAGCCUGACAUGGGAGCCGCCUGCUCAGCCCACCAUUCACAACACUGGAAUUGUCAUUGGUGUGGGCAUCUUUCUGGUUAUUGUAGCUUUGGUGGUUUUUGUGCUGUGGAGGAAGAGGACUAGAGGUGACAAGAGAGAAGGCUAUGAUAAGGCUGCAAGAGACGACAGUGACCAGGGUUCUGAUGCUUCCCUCAGAGCUGAAAAAGUGUGACACAGCUGCUUUGUGUGGUCUGAGAGGCACAGCAUUUGUUCCUGCCUCUCCUCCUCCCUCCUGGGACAUCAUGAGCUCCUGACUUCUCUUCCUGUACCUGGGUUCUGACUGUGUCCAGGCUUCUGUGUGCUGUCAGCCUCCUGUGAGGAACUGAGGAGCCAGCCCAGCCCUGAGCACCAGGACCCUCCCCACACUGACCUGGGUCUCUUUCCCCUCCAGCUGCUGCUCCAGCAGAGGCGGGGCCAGGGCUUCCCCAUCCCUGACUUCACUUUCCCUUGCUCUGAGCUGCAGCUGCUGCUUCCCCACUGAUAAAGAGAAUGUGGAUGUGG